AUGUACAAAAGGCUAGCCUGUGGAACAAAGGCUAAAUCCACGAAAAAUAAAUGCGUACAAGUAGAAGAAAAACAUUAUAUACCAGCGUACAAGGAUGUAUUUGUUGAUGUUGAUGUCAGCGAUAUAGAACGAGAGUACCAUUCAUGGCUGCCCGCGUACCUAAAAAUAAACGACGAGCACAGUUCUAUGAAGUAUGUUCGCAGCAGAAGGGCAGAGACUGAGAAAACAGAGUCAAGGACCGUAUCUGAGAAUCGCUGUGAUACUUACGGUGAAGAAGAACACACAAAAAAAGGGAUGAGCACUCUGAUGAAGGUGAAAAUAGUUGUAGGAACCGUGUUAGUUUCUCUUAUUGUUCUAUCUAUCGUGUGCAUGGGAUGCUUCGUUUAUUUUUACCGGUUUAAGUAA